AUGCAGAUCCCUGUGCGGUGGACGAGCGUAGAAUCGACAGGCGAUCCGGCGAUCUUGGUUCUUGUGACAGUCCGGGAUGGCUUCAAGAAGCCACCGGCGACGGCGACGGAGAAGACGGGGAUUGCUGCAAGAACUCUCGCUGCGAGCUGCACGUUUACGGACGCGGCGAGCGCUAAAGCAGGAAAGGGAUCAUGCAGUACGAUCACGUUGUCCAACAUCAAGGUGCCUGCUGGGCAAACGCUCGACUUGACCGGUCUCAGAACGGGAACGCAGGUGGUGUUUACGGGCACGACGACGUUCGACUACGCAGCUUGGUCCGGUCCUCUGAUCUCAGUUUCAGGCAAGAACAUUGAUGUCAGUGGAGCCAGUGGAUCGCUAAUCGAUGGUGGAGGAGCGCAGUGGUGGGAUGGCAAGGGAAGCAACGGCGGCGUGACCAAGCCCAAGUUAUUCUUCGCGCACGGCUUGACGGACAGCAAGAUCCGGUCGCUCAACAUCAAGAACACGCCCGUACAAGCAUUCAGCAUCAACGGGUGCACCAACCUGAGCCUGGACCACAUCACGAUGGACAACUCGGCGGGUGAUGCGGGCGGGGGCCACAACACGGACGCAUUCGACGUGGGAAGCUCGGACGGCGUGUUCAUCACCAAUGCCAACAUCCGCAACCAGGACGACUGUCUCGCGGUCAACUCGGGCACCAACAUCCUGUUCUCGGGCGGCUACUGCUCGGGAGGACACGGACUGUCGAUCGGAAGCGUGGGCGGUCGCAGAGACAACACGGUCGACGGCGUGCGCAUCGAAAACUCGCAGGUGGUCAACAGCCAGAACGCAGUGCGCAUCAAGACGGUCUCGGGUGCGACAGGGUUGGUGAACAACGUGACGUACGCCAACAUCAACCUUUCGGGCAUCUCCAAGUACGGCAUCGACAUCCAGCAGGACUACCUAAAUGGAGGUCCCACGGGCUCGCCCACCAAUGGUGUCAAGGUGACCAACAUCAUCAUCAACGGUGUCAAGGGAAGUGUCAACUCGGGUGCUACUCGUGUGUAUUUGCUGUGCGGUCAAGGCUCGUGCAGCAACUGGAAAUGGUCGGGUGUGUCCAUCAGUGGUGGGCAGAGCAGCACAAAGUGCACCAACGUGCCCUCACCCGCAACUUGCUAA